AUGCCAGUUGAUGCAGAAGCAUAUAUGUCAGGAGAGAUUCCCGCUCUCUCAAGAGGUGGGUCUUGGCUGCCCGGCAAAAUAACACUUGGUUCUAGUCAAGCUCCAUCCUUGCAGCGGGGUACCUCCUAUGGCUCAUCGCCUCGAUCAAGUCUCCCUCAUACUCCUCCAACUCCUACUCACAUUAUGGGUGGUGAUUUUGCUGCAUCAAAUUCAAUCCCUUUCCCCAAGCCCCCUUGGUACGGAUCAUCUCACAGAGCAGAAUCAGUGGUCAGUACACAUUCAAGAACUCCCAGCCACAGCCAUCUGGCAGGCGCAGCUUCUACCCAUGGUUUGAAGCGGGAAAAGGUGCUUGGUCCGGUACUGCAUAACGGCUGGCUACAAGGAUCGAUGGAGCCACCAGAAUCAUUGGAUGGCUCACUCUAUCAGGAAUCAGUCAAUUUGACACCCCAUGCGAUGCUUAAGGUCACUAAUGAUUCUAAUCGUCAGGCUCCCAUUUCACCCAAACAAACUUCAACUCACAGUGAACAGGCUCGUAUGUGUGAAGGCUCGAUAGCAAUCUCAUCACCUUAUCGAAAGCUCAGCCAGGCUGGAGUUGAUCAGGCAUCUCCCAACCGACGAGUAGCGGAACUCCGACCUACGCCACAGAAUGAUCGAUCUGAGAUGUGUUCCAGCCAGAGAAGCUUCGAACGCCCCAAUCUAUCCAGGAGGCAUAGUCACAAUCCAAUUCUGGCACCUAAACCUAAAAGGAUCAACGAAGACGACCUGUUCCGAUCGGCACAAUUGAAUAAUCGACUUGCUCGCCUCAGUUUACAAGGCAGGCAGUGUCACACGCCAGAUCCUCAUACGCCACCACGUAUUCCACAAUCCUCGAAUCCAGAAUCCAAACCUAACAUGAUGAGGCGUUCCUCUUCCCCUUCUUCCCCCUGUCCCAAAUCGUCCACUGCAUCGAAGCCACCAAGCUCUUCAGGCUCACAGAAAAGCGCUAGUCAUGGUCACCGGAGUAGACAUAUAUCUACCCCUCAUUCAGUCGCUCUUGUUCCGGCCCCUAUCGCGUCCAAUCUGCAGCAGUCUGUCCCAUCGUCGCUCCUUUCACCCCUGGGGGGACAUUCGUGCUAUUCUUCUAGCUUAAGGGGUGGGGUAUCCGCGCAUAAGAUGCCUCCCUCACCGGCUAUUGCCACUCGCUCAAGGACUUCGAGUAUUGCCGAAGGCGUCACCGAUACUCCUUUUGGGUACGUGUCACCUCUGGACGACGAUGAAUACGAUCCAUAUGCCGCUCACCCUGCUGCAUCUCCAUCUGGAUCACCUCACCGCCACCCCCCAUCAUCACUACAUAAUUUCUCUGAGCGCGACAUCUCUGAGACAAGGAGCAACAAGAGUCCAUCUGUGAGGAAAGAGUAUAUACCACCUGGGUAUGCCAGACCAACGCGAGAUCUGGAAUGGAACAGGGUUGGACCGGCAAUGAAGACUCAUGGUAUCGCAUGGUUGAGAGAAGGGGAUCCAAGACAAUUGCCUUCUGCGCCUCGCGGACCUCGAUAUGAAGUGGCGAGGCCACCCAGAGUAGAUCAUGUUCACGGAAGCUGGUGGGAAAGUGGGGCAGAUGGUACUUCCUAUGCUGGCUAA